AUGCUCUGUUUUCCCAUUUACGCCGGCGCCGCCGUCGCCAUCAUCGCGAUCACCGCUGCAGCGCAAGAUUACGCCAACUGCAGCCGGCUGUUCGAAUGCGGCCGCGUCCGAAUCGGUUACCCUUUCUCGGGGCUGAACCGCCCUGCCUAUUGCGGCCGCCCGGCGUUCAAUCUCAAUUGCAGCGGCGGCAUAGUUCCAACGAUUGCCAUCUCAGGCCAACGCCACAAAAUUCUCGACAUCGACGAGCCGUCUCGGACCCUAACCGUCCUCCGGAGCGACUACAGGGGAAUUCUCUGCUCCGACGACGAUCCCGGGAACGCCACCGUGGACCCGGUCCCGUUCGAUUUCACGCCGGACACUCAAUUCUUGGCGGUGUACCGUGGCUGCCCGCCGCCGGAGUACGGGACGCAGCUGCCGGCGAGCUUGGGCGAGCUCAAUUGCGGCCGCGAUGGGCGCGAGGGUUACUACCUGUUGAGCGAGGACAUGCUCGGGGGAUUCGAGGGCUCCGUCAGGAAAUUGUUGGGGUCGUGCGUGAAUCGGGUUAUGGUCCCUGUGAAUCGGACGAAGCUGGAGAGAUCGCCGCCGGCGUCGGCGAAGAGGCUGCCGGCGGCGAUUUACCAAGGUUAUGGGCUGCGGUGGACGGGGGGUUACGUUAGUGCUUGUGCCGAAUGUGUGAAGUCCGGUGGGGAGUGCGGUUCCAAUGAGACGGCGUCGGGUUCGUUCGCUUGCUAUUGCUCCGGUGAGGCUUACGCCGCCGGAUGUUUGGUCGGUGGCAGUGGUUUGCCGCCGGGAAAUGCGUUCGAUAAAACCGAAGCGAAGAAAAGGGUUUUGCUGAGAAUAUUGCUCCCAAUUGCUGCCAUCAUUACUCUGUCCCUCACCGCCAUCGCUAUGUUUCAUCACUUCCGAAGCAGAGGAUUGAAGAAACAGAGCAGUAAAAACUUAUCUCUCCUUCCCAAGCCACCAGAAUUCAACAAACUGCAGUCAUCCAAAUUGUCACCAUUCAACGUCGAGUCUCCUCCAAAUCUACAAUCAUUCACCUUCUCCGAAAUCAAAGCAGCGACUAACGACUUCUCCACUGACAACUUGCUCGGAUCUGGUGGGUUCGGCCAUGUCUACAAGUGUGUGUUCCCUGGAGGUGAGGAAAUGGCGGUGAAACGGCUCUCGAAAUCGUCGACUCAGGGGCUCCUGGAGUUCACGAACGAGGUUUCGCUCACCGUGAGGCUUCAGCAUGUGAACCUGGUAAGGGUCGUGGGGUUCUGCACUGAGUAUGAAGAGAAGAUGCUGGUGUACGAGUUCAUGGCCAACAGAAGCUUGGACAUUUACCUCUUCGAUCCAGUGAAAAAAUUGAGCCUGGAUUGGAACACUAGGGUUAGGAUCAUCGAAGGAGUGACUCAAGGACUUUUGUACCUCCAGGAGUACUCCAACUUCACCAUUAUUCACAGGGAUAUAAAGGCCAACAAUGUUCUUCUGGAUGAUGGGAUGAAUCCGAAGAUUUCAGAUUUCGGGAUUGCAAAAUUGUUCGGGAAAGAUCUGGACGAAGCAAACACCAACACGAUUGUCGGAACCUAUGGAUACGUUCCUCCUGAAUACGUGAAGCAUGGGAUAUAUUCAAUGAAAUACGACGUCUACAGCUUCGGGGUUUUGCUCUUGCAAAUCAUUAGCGGCAAAAGGACCCAAUGUUACUAUGGUACAGAAGAAGACAUGCACCUGUUAGACCAUGCUUACGAUUCAUGGAGAAGAGGGGAAGGAAUGGAAUUUUGUGACCCUUUAUUGGAUGAUUCAUCUUCACAAUGUAAGAUGAUAAACUGUCUGCAAGUAGCACUGUUGUGUAUUCAGGAAGAUCCCGAUGACAGGCCAACAAUGUUGGAAGUAUCAUCUAUUUUGAAGAACGGUGCUCGGAGAAUGGAUGUCCCCAAGGUACCUGCAUUUUCUGUGAGAAGGGAAAUGAUGUCUGCCAUGAAUUCUAGAUGCCAGCAAGAAAUGUUUACGUAUAAUAUUUCUGACAUCUCUUCAGUAGAACCCCGUUGAUACAACACAAAUUGUGUUGUAGAGCUAGACAAAGACAUUGUCAUUUCCAAGAUGCAGGAUUCCAUCAACUUGGACAUUGUAACUCGGGAUGGAAAAUAUUGUAGGGAGGGAGAAGAUUAUCUCCGACGUUCAUCAAGGAAGAGUAUGAGUGAUCGAGAAAUCAUUCAACGUCCAAACAAGGCUCAACGUGCCAAUGCCUCGCGAAGGAAGGCAAAACUUCAAUACACAAGGCAAAGCAAAAACGGACACAACAAAUCCCCCCCCUAACAAAACACAAGAGAGGCACACAAAUAUUGUGAUUAUUGUUCAAUGUGUAAUCAUUGAAAAGGUUGAAGAAGUCACACAAGUCCGC